UUACUACUCAAUGUUUUCAAUUUCAUUUUGCAUAGCCAAUAAAGAUUGUGUUUUUAAAAACAUCCAACUUCAUCAGCUGCUAAUCAAAAUAUAAAGAAUACACAGUGAACUACUUUAGGAUAAAGUUGUUUAAAAAAAACAUAUUUUUAUGUAGUUUACUCAAGCACAUGAAAUAGGAAAGCCUAUUCAAGUGAAUAUAUGAAAACUACCAGAACAAUUUCAAUAGCCAAAUUCUAACAAACUCACGCAACUGUUUAAUUGUGAUCAUGACUGACUCCAAACAUAAGUCACUGAAAAUUAGGGUAAUUGGUCUACUUAUAAUCAUAACAGUGACUUUAUAUCUUGCUGUUGAGUUAAAUCUGUUUAUCUCUGAUCAGUAUGUGUUUUAUAGCGCUGUCACUGAACAAGGUCUUCCCUACUACACAAAGAAGGAAAGACAACGAUAUAAAAAUAUAUCAGAUGUGGAUAAACAUAAACUCAAGUUGGCUCAGAAAAAAGCUGCAACUCUUGAAGCGGCUUCAAACUCAGUUCGUAUAACAAUUGGAUUGAUUACCACUUUAUUAGUGGGUUAUUUGUCUGAUCGAUACGGUCGUCGAGCAGCGUUUGGAAUUUUAUUAGUCGGUGAGGUCUUGCAUGUUGGUGUAACUGGUCUUAUUGUGUUGUUGAAGCUGAAUAUGUGGCUGAUUUUACUCCCUGGACUUUUGGAAGCAAUUUUCGGUGGUGGUCUCUUAUCACUCUUUGCUCAGGUUGCCACAAUCCAAGUAGACGUUUGUCAUCUAUCCAUGAAGUAUUCAAUGGAAAAAACAGAUAAAAAGAAUGUUAAGUCCUCUGAUAAACAAAUGUGGAUAUUAUUUACAAUUUUUGAUGGAAUAGCUGCAUUAUGCGUAUCAGCAGGAUCACCGAUUGGAGGAGCAUUAAUCUAUCACUAUGGAUUUCAAGUAGCCAUGUUCACAUCAUUAGGUUUACUUGUUCCAAGCUUAAUUUUAAUAUUCUGUUUACCCGAAACGAAUAAAAACAAAAGCAAACCAACUGUUGUACAGGACGAAGAGCCUUUUGAUGAAGUAAACAAUGAUGAUCCAAAUGAAGAUACUCGAAGUAUACCAAUGAAAUUCGAAAGGACGUUAACAAGUAGAGUGACAGAUGCAUUUCAACGUCUGAAAAAUUUAGAUCCUGUGGUGAUUAUGAUUCUGUCAAUGGUUCUACUUGGUUCAGUGUCAGCUUUAGCGGACUUACAGUAUGUUGCUGUUUAUUUAAUGGGACCUCCAUUCUUGUGGAGUCCAGAAACCGUUGGACUAUAUUCUGGCGUAACUGAUGUGAUAUCAGCUUUCAUCUCAAUUAUCUGUACUAUCCUAAUUAUCAAAUUUGACGAAAAGCGAAAGGCCAAAGCUCUCACAGAACAAAAUACCACAAACAACAGUGAUCGAAAUCAUUAUACACGUCAAAUGCAUUUACUUAUUACAGUUUUUGCUGCAUCAGUUAUAAUGUUAAUAGUGAAUCGUUCAGUAGUCGGAGUAGCUUAUCGAUUUCAACUACCAACUGCGAAUAUUUUAAUUUAUAUCGCUUCCAUUCCCAGAUUGAUGAAAAGCUUCCUUGUUCCAAUAAUUCGAACAAUGCUUUCCAUUAGUGUCCAUUCAAGUAUACAAGUUCAAGUAGGAAGUUAAUAAUUGGGAUUGAUUUAAGUGAAGUGAAAUUAAACAUCAGAAGUUCUUCCACACAGUAAAUUUUUACUUAUACAAUAUGAACCAAAUUUGAUCAUUGAUUCCAAACUCAAAAUACGAAGACAGAAUAUGACAGAUACUCAUAAACAAUUGUUCAUUGUAUACAGAAGUUAUGAAAGAUAACUAGGUGCACAGAUAUUCUUUCAUUAAGCUGUUGAAUAUAAUUUAUUAUAUAAUAAAAUAUAAUCGCUUAUUUUACAUUUCAGGCAUUAUGCAAUCGAUUGCCGCAUUUGUCUCUCGAAUCGGUUUACUCAUCAGUUUAACAGCACUUCCUGCAAUAUAUGCUGGAACAGUACUGACAUUUCCAGGAACAGUAUUCAUCGUUGUUGUCAUAAUAAUGGCAAUAACACUCAUUAUUGACUUAUUAUUACCAUUCGUGAUGAAGAAACAAAAUUCCAAAUUAAAAGCUGCUGAAUUAAACAAUCUUCAUAAUGUAAAAGAAGGUGAAGCAGGAGAAGUGACAAAAUCAGAUGAUAUUGUCAAUUAUAUUGGAGAUAUGUUUUAAUAAUUUCUUAUCUUAUAUGUUAAUUAUCAAUAAAAUUCACUAAUUGUAAUUAUUUAAUUUAAAACGCAUAUACUAGAAUAUUACGUGAAGUAUUAUUUCAAAGAACAUUUCAUUAUACUGAAUCAUCUAUUGAAGUUGUAAUAAAAUUAUUUCUUUAGUUUUAUCUUUCUAGAAAUGACAAUAUGUCUGAUGCCAUGAAUAUGAUUGAUUACGUAAAUAUAUUGAAUUACUUGUCAAAUAGUCAGAAUUUUUGUUACUUUUCUAUGUAGACAAUGAUAUUGAUUCUAUCAUAAGACAUUGAAUUGUAGUAAUUUCAAUAAAAAUUAUAAUUAAAGGUUUAUUCGAUGGUAAAUAGUUUACAUAAAUAAAACUUUCAGUGAUAUAAUUCAUGAAUAAAAUAUUCAAAGCCUCUUGUAAAUAAGCUUAUAAGAACCAUAAUUCAUAUUAAAGCCAAUGUAAUGUAAUGUUUUAAGUAAAAAAUAGCUUUCUUACAUCUUGAUUUGAUUUUGACUAUUCAAAGAUUGAAGUGGUAUACAACGUUGUUUUCUCUUCUUACGUUACUUAGCAAUUUGUUCCUGUGAAAUUAUAUUUAACUUGAACCUAUACUUAGUUUGUCAUAAUUGGAGAUUUAAACUCGUUGAUUAGGUUGUUCAUAACCUUCUUAUGCUAGUCAACUGACCCAGUGAAAACGAUGCAGCUUUUCUGCGUCGUGUAUAAUUACUGAUAAUUGUUUAGAACAUGAUUAAUGGCUUUUUUGUAUUCAGUGGAGGACAUUUGCGCCUACUCUUAUGUAUUUACAUGCUGGUUUGUUGGCAAAUAUGGGAGAAUGCCUUGGACAGAUAUGGGAAUUCCGACAGUCAACACAAACACCCAAUCCUGUGAAAUACUUUAAAUACUCAGUCGCCAUUAUGUAAAUGAUAGCUUGUAUGAAGAACACGAGAUGCUCACUAACCAAACAUCCAUCUUUCAUUACGGCCUAGAAAAUAAAACUCCCUAUCGACACUCGACUGUGAUAGUAUUUCACCCUAUUCAUCUAUAAGUUUUACGGUUGUGUUUGUCAUUGAAAGACGUACCGAGGAACCGAAUCAACUUUGUGCUGGUUCUGUACUCGAAUACUACUGUUCAAUUAAUAGUUCAUGAUGAAUUGUCAUCAGGAGUGAUAGUACCAACUGGUGCUUAUUGAGGCUCUCCCUUUUCAGUAUUUUCGUUCAACUUUGCCAUAGACAUUGUUCUAAGGAUAAAGAUUCCAUCACCGGACUUACCUGGACUUGAUGUUGUACCAGAAGAUCCACUGUUGACUUAAAAUACGUUGAUGAUAUAGUCCUGUUUGACGGAGACUCUGAGAGAAUUCGGAGUCUUCCGAACAUCCUGAGCAACAAUGAAUCCAUGUCUGGAACGUGCUUCCCUUUGCAUAUAUAAAGUAUUUCUUGAGAGCUGGUCCACAUCAACGUCCGAAAAAUAACAGCGAAUGAAGCAGUUAGGCGAGUGAACUACAUCACAUAUCUCGAAAUCCACGUCAUACUUGAUGCGUUGAUGUCUGAAGAAAUCUUGACAUGGGAUUAUAAGCCUGAACUAGCUUUUCCAGUUCACAUUACUAGUGGUGUCGGCGAGAUGUCUGUCUGGCAACCAAAGGACGAUACUACUGUCCAGAAGUUUACUCUGUUCUUCAUUGUGGUUGUGAAAAAUCACUGUUAAAAGUAGAAGACAUUCACUGGUACUCGACAGCCGUGUAGUGACUCACUUUUAUCACGA